AUGGUCGCCUUAUCAUUUUCCCUCGCCCCUGAGGCACUGUACCAGCUGCAUGAUGCACUGACGUGCCUGGCCAAGUUCCAUGAGACUGUAGCUAUCGAGGCUGAGUUCGAUCUGCUUCGUCUGAGUGUGCUCAAUUCUACCAAAACGGCAUAUUCCGCCUUUGUUUUCGAGGCAGACACCUUCUUCGAGUCCUACUCCUUUGAUAUGCCACGAGGCAGUAGAGCAUCUGGGGCUGCCCGUCCAGAUAGAUUCUGUUUCCAACUGUACAUUAAAGCAUUGCUCUCGGUCUUCAAGGGUAGAACCAGGGACAAGGAUACCGCAGUUGAACGUUGCGAGGUUGAGUUGCAUGAGCACCCGGACCAAACUGAAUGCAGACUCGCCAUUAAGAUGAUUUGUGGACUUGGAGUCAUCAAAUCCUAUAAGCUCACUUAUGAACCAACUACGGUUAACCAUGCUGUCUUUGACAGAACGAAAACGACAAAUCAGUGGAGCAUAGAACCUAGAUUUCUAAGAGAGAUAACAGAUCAUUUCAGCCCCUCUGCAGAGCAGUUGGAUAUCUGCUCUGAUAACGGCAAGGCUGUUUUCACUAGCUUCACUACCAAGAUUACCGAUGGAAAAGAAAUCCUCAAGAAGCCGGUGCAUACAUCGGUGGCUAUCGACAAAAAGGACUUUGAAUAUUUCUUGGCAGAAGACAACCUCCACAUUGCUAUCACCUUGAAAGAUUUCAAGGCGGUAAUAGCACAUGCUGAGUCUGCACAUUCAACAAUCACAGCUCGAUACACACGCCCAACUCGACCCUUGCAGCUUGCAUACGACUUUGGGGGCGUGAAGACCGAAUUCACUCUGAUGACAACAGGGGACUCCGAUAGCGAUAUCCCAGAUUCAUCUCAUGCACCAGAAUUAUCAGCAAGGCAUACGCCUGCUCCGGCUAAUGUCAGCCGAGUGAACGUCACUUCUAAUACGAGCCAUAUGCCUCCGCCCCGCGCGCGAUCCAUUCGUCCGCUCACCGGGACUCCGGGGGCUUCUGUUCGUGGCACAGGGAUGACCACCGAAAGCCAGCGGCCCCCCCCUGCAUCCAUCCAGUUCGACAGCUUGUUCGUACCAGCAGAUGAUGAUAGGCAAUGGGAUGUACCGAACGACGAAGAGGAGGAAGAAGCCGAGGACAGACUCGGAUGGGAUGCAACUGGCGAUCAGCAGACAUUCGACGAGAGUCUCGCUCCCCGCUUGCGAGAUAAUGAGCCCAGUAUGCCUCCCCAAGAUACAAGUCAUGAGGAAGAUAUGGGUUUACCCCCGACGCAACGUAUAUCACAGGUUCAGGGUCUUGGUCUUUUCGACUGA